ACACUUUAAAAGUAAUUUUGCCUUACUCAUUCUCCACGAAGUCCUUUCUGUAUGGCUAAAAAAGAAAAGUGCUACUUCUCAAAGUCAAAUCGGAAGCACAGAGCAUACAUUUACUGAGAAGUCGAGCACGCCAGUAAAGAGUUAAAUGACAGCAUAUAACCGGGCUGCCGCUUUCCUCCCACUUUCAGACCCCGUUCGCCUGCCACGCCAUUAACAGCAUACUGGAGUUUUAUCUAAGCACGGUUCUGCCGACAGCCAUGGCCGGGGUGACGGAGGACACUAAGGACUUAAAGCCUCACAUGGAGUCUAUCCAGCAGAUCUUCGACCAGCUCAAGAGUGAUGUCACCAGAUGUAGACAUUACUUCAACUGCAAGCAUCAGUUUGACAUUAAUACCCUAAACUCUACUUACACUCAGAUGGAGAGUAAAGGUCUAUAUAAGGCCAUGGGCGAACUGGGUCUGCUGUUCAACUACAUUGAGACAUAUAUGGCUUCUAAACGACACAGAAGACAUGGAGCCUCUGUUUGAAUGUGACCCUGGGAAGAAGAAAAGACAGUCAUUAAAUCUCCUGCGCUCAGUCCAUUUCUAUCUCUGGAAGCUCUUUUAUGAGCUUAUUUCAUCGAUCUCUUUGUUGAUCUGAGACCACUAUGUUACCUUUGUCCUGAGGACAUAUAUUUUUUGACCAUAUUGAGUCUUUUAACUGUCUUUUUUAAAAACCAUAAAAGCCAUAUUUAUUAUUUUUUUAAAUCAUAUAUAAUGUGUAUUUUUGUAUUUAUUAUUGUCUUGUUCUAGAUAAAUAAAUAUGUUGAAAAUGAAUGACUUGAUUUUAUUUCACAAGAUGGUACAGCUGCUAUUCGUGUGCUGUUUAUUAGGAAUGGGUGAGCACUGAA